AGGGGGUAGUUAGAAGCUAUGCGCGGACUCUGUAGGCCCUACACCAAGGACAUCAAAAGAAUCACUGGCAACACAGCAGAGCACAGACUCUAGUAUGAGAGGCAGUCAACGAAAAUAGAAACAUCAUCCCAUCACGGUCAACCCCUGGAACGACGACGAGUAACGUAUACAACAUAUCACUACUAGUAGCUAUGUGGGGAUCCAGUACGAUACGGUUCAGCUAAUAAAAAGAGAAGAUGAGUCUCCGUCCAUCGACAUCCAGUUACUUCGAAGUUCCUACUUUCUGCGCACUCUCUAUUCACGAUGGACAAGCCCUCGGCAGUACUGAUUGAGCAGCUACAAAGUGUCCACGCCCGUCAACGCAAGGUUAUCCAACAGCUUCAAGCAGAUAACGCUAGACUGCUCAGCGACCUCGUUGAAGUUCGUCGGGAGAGAGAUGCUUUCCGAGCGGAGGCUGCGAAGCUUCGCAAGGAGCAGGCGGAGCUGCAUAAUCAACUGGAUAAAACGCUAUCGGAGUAUCAAGAUUUAAGGCGCGAGCGUCUCACUCUUUCUCGCGCAUUCAGCAAUGCGUCUUCUUUCGGACGACCAUCAAAAGUUAAUAAUAAGGCAAUGCACAUCUUGUCGGCAUUGACGGGAGAUGAAGCAAAGAGCCCAUCCCUUGAUUAUAGCACAGAGAGGACCUACAACAGUCAGAAUUCAUAUUCAAGUCCUUGCGACCAUGAUGCCUGUUCCAAGGGCAUCAUUGUACGGACUCGACAUGAACUGUUGAACUUGCCAUGAGUUUACGCCACUAAAAGGAGAUGCGUCAGGACAUUUAAUGUAAGGAUAAUUGCUCGCCGUAUCAUAUUGCUAGGGAUAUGUAUUAGGGGAUCAUUUAUUAUUAUUAGAUAAGGUACUUAUGUGACGAUAUCCAGAUC